CGUCUCAGCCGGGUAGAGGGGACUCAGUCGCGUUCUGCACACAUUCAAAUGGACACCGCCCAGCCGGACCCAAAGUUGCACGAUCUUCGUUUGCGUGCCACUCAAACGCUGCAGCUGAUCGGGCUAGUGGAGGCUAACCGAGUGCUAUACGACAAAACGGAUCGUAACUAUAGCAAGAAGCGUUCGAAGUCGGCCGCUUGGAGGCAGAUAACCGCUCAGGUGCUUGGGAUUAAGUACGACGAAGUAACCAGGCUUCAGUCGCUGCAGAUACAACACAAGUGGAAAAGUUUACGAACGGCCUACGUUCGACAGCGCAGGAAGGCUGCUUCGUUGGGACCGUAUCGGUAUGCCGAUUUGAUGAGCUUUCUGGAUCCGUAUUUGCGACGGGAUGAUUCCACAUUGGUCCUGGAUAGCAAUGGAUUCUCGACACCGUUCGAACUGGAUCUAGAUGGGGUUAUUUCGAAGGACAUCGAAGGUGGAGUAAAUCAUGAAUCUUGUGUGGAUCUCUUCGAUCCUAUUGAGGAGGAUUUGAUUAGUGAGAUUGAUAUGGUUCAAAAUCAAUCGGAAACAGCACCGUCGGUACUGUCCUCGACGGAUUCGGCGAUCGCAGAGAUUGUGGGUACCGCAGCGGUGGUGAAACCCACCAGUGAUUACGGGAUGGACGAGCUGGACGGAUUUUUCCAGCAGAUAUCACGCACUGUGCGCAAGUUUUCUCCUCGCAAAAUAAUCGAACUCAAAAUGCAGAUUUUUACUCUUGUAUCUCAGGCAGAACUGGACGAGCUGGAUGCUCUCAAUAAGUAUUAGUGGAAGUUUGUGUUAGAACACGAGUGUGAUUCGAGGACUUGUGUAUAGACAGACACUAUUUAUGAACUAAUUAUUUAUUGAUGUUCGCACUAGUUAUUUAUUUAUUUAUGUACCAAGCCAAUGUGACUCAUUCCGAUGUAGUGUUAGAUAGAAAGUCUCAAUAUGAAUAUUUCAAUUUCCAAAGGGUUCUAGUCAGUGUUCCAAGAAAAGCAUUAUUUUAUUAUUUUAUCGAUCUCAUCCCUUACUAGAGUUAUAAUAGUAUAACCUUAGAACUUGUAUUGACCGAUGUUCACAAUAAAUAUUGUCUAUCAAA